UUGUUUUUUUUCAGCUGUCAUUUAGUCUGCAGAAUAAUGUUCCUUCUGUUCAUUGCUUUAAAAUUUCCUAAUGAUAAAAGACUGACUGCUUUAUGUGGUAAAAUGGUGGUCCUGAUGACGAUGCUUUUAAAUUGUGCUGUACAGCAGAGUAUGUGAGUAUCCAUUCUUGCUCUGGCAUUCUCGGUUACUCUCACUGUUUCUGCCACCUCCACAGUGAUGCGUGUUGCAUUAACGCUGAGGUGAAGAGUGGGAGGUAGAGGGCGAACUGUGAGGGCUACAAAAGGGAUAGAGAGCCAGUGAUGAAAAGGUUGUGUGGGAGAUAGAUAGAUAGACAGACAGACAGACAGACAGACAGUCGUUAAUAUUUUUUUUAACCUAAUUUCUAAUGUCUGACGGUCAUGAUUUUCCAUGGGUAACCCACUCAAGUCAAACUAAAUGUAGAAAGGGAUGAGAACGAGGGUAGAAAAACAUAAAAAUCUAAUAACGCAAAGAGAUAUUAAAAGCGAGAUGAAAAAGAUAGAUGAGCUGGAGAAAUAGAGAAAAAGGAGGCAGAUGGAGAGGAGAAGUUGGUCUCUUUACAGCUCCAAAGCUCUUAAAGCCCUGAAGCUGUGUGAAGUGAGGGAGUGAGAGGUAGAAGGAGGCUGAACUGAGCAGGAAAAAGCUGUAAGGGAGAGCAAGUGAAAGAGAGAGGAGGAGGAGGAGGGUUUGCGUUGGUGUGUUGGUUGGCAAAGAACACGCUUGUCAAAAAUUCCUUCCUCUGACAGAAGGCAUGAUUCACAGCAGAGGGAGGAAGAGAGGGAAGAGUAGAGAGAUAGCGAGAGCUCGAGAGACAAGUGACAGAAAAAGGGAAAAACGACAGAGACAAAGAGAGACAGAGAAAAACAACAGGAGCAGAGAUGCCGAAUCAACAAACAAAGCCAGAUGAGAUACUUUGAAAGGAUUUAGCUCCUCAUCCAUUGUCUAUUUUAUAGAUGCUAUCUGACUAAGAGACUUAAUAAAUACAAAUAAAGUUAUGUCAGGGAACGGUGGGAAGGAAAAUUUUCUUCUUCAUUUUUUUUUGCUUUUAAAUCUGGUUGUAAUAUUUUCCAAGCAACUGGAUAACAUGUUUUUACAAUAUUCAGGCGGUGUCAUGGAUCUUUUGACAAGAGGAUUUUUCUAAUCUCAAGAUUGUCCUGGCUCCUCAGAAAUAUUCUUUAGUAUAUUUACAGUAAAUGCAACAACUUUCCAACUUUUACUCACCUACUGCCAUGGUUGUCAGAAUUCCAGUUUUUGAAUGUUUUGUACAUUCCGAGAGCAGUUUUUCAUAUUUUUUUACUGAGUAAGUGAAUUAAGAAACUUCACAAUUCGCCCAUCAAACUUCACACGUGCCUCCCACCAACCCCUCCCACCAUCAGCCAUCCAGCCAAUCAUGGGCAAGCCUUUAAGCCGUCCUGGGUGUUUCAGGAAGAGUUCCUGCUGCCUGGAGAAACAUGGAGCUGGAAAUGGGGGGGUGGGAAGGCGAGAAGGGGGGGUUGAAGGAGGAUAUGGGGAUGGCUACAUACCUCAACGGUCUAUUUAUGAUACAGUGUGUAUCAAUCAACAGAUCGACAGUCAUCACCACCACCAUGGAGGUUCAAUACGGCAAGAUAGUGGAGGUGAAGGGAGCUUUAGCUACUCUGCAAGUGGCUCUCUUAGGCUAAGCAGACCCCCAGGUGAUAUGUUUGAUGCACAGCCACACAAUUUAACUCCAAACCCAUCAUUUGUGCGGCGACUGGAUGAAAGAGCCAUCUAUGACUCGUUGAAGCUUGGGGGUCAAGAUACCGAAGGUGGAGCCUGCCAUUCACCAGGGCAUUUUAAUCGAUCAGUUUCUCCAUCUGUAUCCUCAUUCUCAGUGCCAGGGGUGUCCUCUUCUUCAUCCAAAAAACAUCAUCAUUACCAUCACCGCCAUCAUCACCAUGGAGACAGCACAAAGAGCAGAGAUGGACGGCAUUCCUGGAAAGUCUUGACACCUCCAAAACACCUGGAGCUUACAACAACUGACAUGAUGGACAUAGGAGGAGGAUACCUGAAUCCAGGACAUUACCCUCCCCCUGGAGGGCAAUCCUCCUCUCUCACCUCCCCUCUUAUUUCUCCCUUCUCUGGCUCACCACUUUCCUCAGGGUACCAUACCCCCGUCUUUUUCUCUCCUGCUAAACCUCGCCCUAGUCAGACACAGAGUUUGCGCUGUUCCCCUCCUCAUGUCAUUCAGCCAAGGCAUUACUCCCAGACACAGAGCCUUAGGCUGUCACCACCACAUGAGCUCAGAAGAUCCCCCUACCGUGCCCCGCUGGUCCAACUGUCUGCUCAUGACCUUGAGCAGGACUUGAGGGAUCGAGGAGGCGGAUGGGGUCGAAGUGAGCGAGAAAGGGAGUGGGAGAGAGAAAGAGAAAGAGAAAUGGAACGAGGAUGGGCCCAGCGAGAGUGGGAAAGAGAGAGGGAGAGGGGGAGGCUGGAGAGGGAGAAAGCAAGACAAAGGGAGAAAAGGGAAACAGCUACUUUUGGUACCUUUGGGUAUGGUAGAACCAUUCCUCUGCAUUCAGACUCUGUGUUUUUAGAGCCUGACCAGGCUUUAGAUACAACACCUCUGUUGCUCCCCUACCCCUCACCUUCACCAUCUCCCAGUGCUGCCCCUAGAAUGGGAACCUGCGCUGUAGGAAGAAACAGAACAGGGACAAAAAUUGGCCAUGAAGGUAUAGGUGGGGUAAUGGUUUCCAGGUUUGACAAUGGAAGUGUGGGGUUGGUAUUAGUGGAUAGUUUAUCUGGACCAAGGCUGGUAAAUGAAUGUGGGACUGCAAAUAUGUCAGAGGCUGAAAUUAGAGCUGGAAUACAGGAACACCAAAGAGCUGAAAACCAGAACAAAUAUGAUUGUGGAGCCAGUAUUAAAAUUGGGUCUGAAAAAAGAGUGGGCUCCCAAGUGAAAACAAGGCCAGGGGGACGGGAUUUGGAAGGAAAAGUGCAAGCUGGGAUACAGACAAAAAAUGUGGGCCUAGCUGUAAAGGAGGAACAUGAGAUAAGAAAGAGUGAAGAUAAAAAUGUGCAUAAUGCAACGAAACAAGAACAUAGUUCAGAGGCUAGACCUUUAACUGACACUGAGUACAGGGUUGAAGUCAAAAGUGAAAUAGGAGAUCUAUUUGGUCCAGUAAUAAAGACUCAGGAUAAGGUUGAGAAUAAACUUACUUCAAAACAGGUGAAAAACAGAAAUAAAAUAGAUGCUGAUGUUAAUACUGAUGUUGGAUUAGCAUCAGAGGCUAAAAAAGAAGCUAAGGUUGAGACAGAAGUUAAGACUAUUUUAACAUUUGGACCUGAGGAAGUAACAGAAAAGGGUAACAAAGAAGCAGGGACUAUCAGCAAAGCCCGGGACAGUGUUGAGGAUGGGGAUAAACCUGAGGUAGCCCUUAAAAGUAAUUCUGAGAAAAAAACAUUGGUCAGAUAUAAGAUAGAUCCUAACCACACAGAGAAAUCACCUAGAUCUCAGAAGUCCAAAUCAUCUAAGUCUAGUUCUAGGAGUCGACCAGGCACGGCCACAGGGCUGCAACCAGGUGUCAUCAGUCCACGACUAAACAAAGGUCUUGAAGCUCUUGAGUCAACAGGCCCUGCUGAAGGCAUAGAGUCAACCUGGCCUCGCCGAAUUAUUGUCAGAAAGAGGACUGUUCGACAGGGUGGGGCACUCCACAACCUACCCAUUCUCCCUCCACUCCCUUCUGUCCUAUCUGCAUUGGAGAAAAGGCGUCCACAUGCCCACCUCCACCUUCAUCCAGGCAUCUUCUCAGACACCCCACUGACAAACAUAAUGAACUCUACAAGUAUGGUGGGAAGAUGCUCACUAAAGGAGCCCUCCCAUUCUGAAAAAGGACAAGGAGCAGGUUUGAUGGGAAGGGCUUCCCUGAAGGAGCAAAAUUUGGAGCACUGGAGGGUUUGCAGAGAGCAGGAGGAAACUUGGAGGUCUCGGAGCAAGGAGAAACAAGGAGAGCAGAGUAAGGAAAUGACUGGCAGGGAUGAGGAAAAUCAAGACAAGAGAGAAGAGGAAAUGAGAAAUGAGAAGGACAAAAAAAAGGAAACGUUAAGCAAAGAAAAAGAGAAGGAUGCUGUUGGCAAGGGGCUGGUGGAGAAACGAGAAACAAUAAGAGUUGAAGAAAAGCUCCAUGAAAAUGUAAAUAAAUAUAAGCAAAUGAAAAAAGAGAAGGAUACAGAAAUAAAAUCUCAUGAGGUGGAAGUCAAAGUUAUAAAAAUUAAGGAGGAAAUCCAAGACUGGCAGGAACAAGCAUUGGAAGUAGUGGCUAGAAUACAGAAUGAUGAAAGUGAAAUGAAGGUAGUAGAAGGACAGAUAUGUGGGGAAGAAGGGAGAAUGGAGAGUUGGGAUUCUGUUCUUGAGAUGGUCAACACUUUGUGGGAUGAUGGUUGGGAAAAAACAGGAGCAGAGGGAGGAAGCGAUGGGGAUUCCUUUUCAGGAUCCCUGCAGCGUUGGCCUCUCCUCCGACCACCAGUUGGCUUUGGGGGCUCUCAUCCCCCUUCUUCAGCAGCUUCUGAGCUUAGCUUGACAGAGUUAGAAAGGAGGGCCAGGGAGCUGGACUCUGAUCUCGAGCAUUUAGACCUAUCUCAGCCCCAUAUGGACACCCAAGAUUUGUAUCAAAAACUGCCAGAUCCACACCGAGAACAGUGUGACAUGUACCAAACACACCCUGGGACCCAGAAAGAGAAAGGCGCUCCUCUUACAGGAGUAGGGAGCAGAUCCCAGAUCAGUUUGGAGCUCAGUGCUGCAGCCUUACCAGCUCCAACCACAGAUAGACCUUCUGCUGGGUGGUCAACUAAACCUACUGGGACUACCAAUGUUGGCACAAGUCUGUUUUGUCUUUUUUGUAGCUCCACUAAAGAGGACAGCUCUCCAGACUCCAACCUGACUCUAGAGUCCGACUCCAGUGGAGUCUUCCUCGCCUUAUCUAAUCAGAGCCAGGAGGACGCCGGCUCUGACAGUGACCAGCCAAUCAGUGGCUCGGACCUAGGCAGCAGCACCACUUCACUGGAGAAAGAUGGGGAUGAUGCUUUAAAGGAAUGGGGGAGAGAGGAGAGUGCAGAGCUGCAGUGGUGCUAUCCAUCUCUUCUUAACACUACCUCUCAAGACAUAGAAGGGGAGGUUAAAGGAGAGAAAGCAGAGCGUAGAAGGAUGGAGGGAGAUGGAGGAAGAGGGAAAAAUGGAAAUGGAAGAGGAGAACCUAAACUAGGACACGCAGAAAUUGAGGGCUGCCUGACUCAGAAUAAUCCACAAUGUGAUGAAAUACCACUAAGGAAAAAUGUGAUCCUCAGGGGGUGCGACUCCCUGCUUCCUCUGUCUCCUACAAAAAAAACAAUUAAACAUCUUCUAGAUCCUAAUCAGAAACCAAUCAGAAGCCCAGGACUGGACAGUGGUGACUUAGAUCCCUUUGUUCAGUCAGAUAGUUUUGUUUAUCUUGCUGUGUCGGCAGGACCUGCCCCUCUGGGUGAAGUUACCAGAGUGAAAGAGGUUUCCACUGACGCAAAUACAAACAGUCAGCAGCAACAUCUGGACACCAUGAAAACACACUUUAAGUCAAAUACAGAAAAGGAUUCCAAGUCAAGUCAUCUCAGCCCACAAAAACCAGAGGAAGGGGACUUUCUGUGCACUGAUAGCUUUGUCUACCUAGCUGCUCCAGCUUGCCUGUUGGUGGGCCCUGCAGGAUCCACACCUUACAGUGGAAGGGAGUCAGAUUCAGAGAGUUCAGGGUCUGGCCCUGUUGAUUUGUCAGUACUGGGUUGUGGCUCAGUAGCAGGGGACAGUGACUGGGACUCAGAUUUAUCUGAUUCUGAUCCCAGCCACUUUUCCAAAAUCUCGGCUGCUGGUAACAAAUCUUCUGGUGCUGUACGAUCCAAACGGCUCCAUUCUGAACCCGAGUGGGAUUUGUUUGGAGAGACCACUGAACCCGAAGUACUGAGCGAGCUCUUUACAGAGCAGGCCCAAAACAACAGUGGAAAAGCAAGGAAGGCCACUGGGGUUGCCACCAGCAAGGCAGCCACAUCAGGCAGUCCCUUUACAAUUCAGCCUGUCAGUACACCAGUAAAGGCUGCAACAAUAGGCGAACAGUCUUCAACAAAGAAGGUGACAUGGCAGUUUAAACCAGCCCAAAGGUCAGUCUGCACAGGAAGCAGGAAGGGGAAAGACAAGGAGGUGACAUCAUCAUCUUUGGUAAAGGUCAUGGAACUGGGAGGAGUCAAGUCCCACACACCCUCCCCUUCAUCUUCAUCAUCAUCAUCAUCAUCAUCUUCUGGGUAAUGUGCAAAGAUAAUUUUUUGACUGUUUGGCUGCACGCAUUGGCUGGAGCUGAGUUGGUUGCACAAAGGUAGAUAAUCAUCCCCGAAUUGGAGAUACUGAUUAAACUACAGAUUUCUUGCAUAUCAAUUUGCAUCUGCAUCUGGCUGCUGCCAUUGCCUUUUUAUGACCUUAAAUAAAGGCUCCAUAAAAAUUAGGUAAUUUUUGCAUUGCUUACACAUAAAACAAUGUUCUAUGUUUUCAUAGAGACAGUGUGAGACAGUAAGACUUAGGCAAAUCAGAAACCUACAGGCUAAGAUUAUGGAAUUGUUUUUCACCUACAGAACACUUGUGUAAGAUAGAAACAGUGUGAAGACUAUUGUUAAUUUUUAUUCAUAUGAAUGUACCAUCAAAAUACACACCACUAAAGAGAAGUUCCAAUAUCAUUUCCAGUAUACUAAUUUGACUAGACCACAUGCAUUUUAUAUUAUAUAUUAUUGCAAUAGCUAAAUUCAGUUACUAUAAUAUAGAAAAUAAUUACAGUUGGACACCAUAAUUACUUUUAGGCUGCUUUAUUAUGCUGCUUUUAUUUAAUCAUGUAAAUGUGACUCAGGGCAUACAUAACAAUGUAUGUACUAAACUUACUUUUAAAAACCCACAAAAGUGAAACAGUGUGCAGUGUAUUUUAUAAUUGCAGUCAAGUUUACAAAGUAUGUGUCAAUGAUAUAUUUUGAACUUUGAGAUAAUUAUAGAGCAAAUCAGUGUGUGUGUGUGUGUGUGUGCAAUGAAGAGCAAAUGAUAGAGGGAUUUAGUAGUAACAUUGCAUUUAAAUGUUUUAUUUAUCAAUUUCAAAAAUGUGAAUGUAACAACUGAGCAAUAUGCUUACAAAUUCAUUCUAUAUUCUGUUUAUUAUGUGGAAUGUGUUGCCUGAGUGAUGUUUAAAAUGAUGGCUUAAUUUUUAUACAGUCAUGUAAUAAUAUUAAAUGCAGUUUUAUUUAUAGGUUUUCUGUGUACCUUUUUUAAACAUUGACACAUUAUCAGGUAGAUUGUUAUAAUUCAUAUAAAUAAUGAGACCAUGGCUGAGAUUAUUGAUAACCUUUGGCUUGUACUAGUGGUCUUUUAAAUGUUUCUCUAAAUCAGGGAUGUCCAAACUAUGGCACGUAGGCCAACUGCAUCCAUUUUAAUUGGCCUGCAGCAAAUUUCAAAAAUAUACCAGAAUAUGGCCCGCACAUGAAACCUGCCGAUAUUGCAUUUUUUUGGUGAAAUGAGCACUCCACCACAAAGAAAUUCAAACUUCCUAAAUGAUGUGGAUGCUUAAUACGGGGCCCUGCUCUACCAUUCAGAAGUGCGCUGGCUAAGUCACGGCUCCACGUUUCAGAGGUUUUAUCCACUUAGAUCAGAGGUCGACAAGUUUUCAAAGGAAAAGGACAGACCUCUUCAUUAGCUGAGUGGUCCUCUCUGGUUGGCAGACCUGACGUUUUUAGUUGAUCUUACUGAACGCUGACCUUAACACAAACCUAUAAGGCAAAGACCAAUUCAUAACGCAGCUUUAAGCACAAAUGAAAAGUUUGACUCUUUGACUAUUUGAGCCACAGUUGCCCACUUUUAAUGUCACACAGUUCCCGACACUGUCCGAAAUCAGAUCUGCGUUUCCAAAGGUCAGUCUUGUGUUUGUGAUUACAUCUCACAUCACAGAAUUUUCUCAUUGCUUCCAUGAGAGGCAGCUGCCAACCUUAUUUUUCUAAAAAAAUGUUGCUGUGUUGUAGGCUAAUUGAUUUAGUUUACUUAAAGAAACUAGGUGAGGCAACACGUACCGGCUGUGCAUUUUACCACAUAUGGACCUUUGUGAAAAAUGUUUGGACACCCUGCUCUAAAUAAAUGUCCCCCAUGACCCUUUUAAUCCUAUAUAUACUCCUCUUUUAUUUGAGCAAAUCUCGUGAUAAAUAUAAAGGGACUGCACUGUGGAGGCUGGUGAAGCAGUCAUCCCAGCAGUGGUCUUGUUGCUGCUUACUGUAUGUCGCAAAAUAAAUGGUGGUACUGAUAUUAAACAUCAUAUAUGUACCUUCUUUAGAGGAAUUUAUAGUAGUAUAACAUUAGUUACUCUAUGAACGUGACGAAGGGAAUGUUAAAAAAAAUUAACAAAACAUUUUCUGCUACACAAUAAGAUUAAACUGAUGUCAUUAUGAAAUUAAUGUGGACAGUAAUAGCUUGACUGGCAAAUCAGCUCUCAAGGAGGUUUAGUCAUGGUCAACUAAUUGUGUAUUUAUGUUGAGAGUGAAGGUUCUGGCAUAGAGUUGAGCUUUUUUGAGCUUAUUUCUGAUGCUUUUGAGCACGGAUCUAUAAGCACAUCCACAAAGGAAUUAAGUUUAUUAGCAUUGCUUUAUUUUUGAAGCUGCAUUUUUUGACUAUCAGAAUGAAUAGAGUGAGUGUUUUGGGGCUGAGUUUAUAAGCGAUAUAGGCUUAAAAUGACUUUCCUCCAAUUUAUUUUUAUCUUUUUACUUUGUCACUUUCAUUAGACAUUCCCCAGUUAGCAGUUUCAAAACAUGAACAGUCAACAGUCAAUUACACUGCAGUUCCCCUGUGCUAAAUUACUAUUGCAGUAGGUUUUAUUAGUGUGCAUUUGUGGCAAUUUGAUUAAACACAGGUCGACAUAGUAAUAUUUUUUGUGACAAUGUGUUCACAUAAUCACGUGAUUGCUUCCAGUUUCUACAUGGGGGCGGGUUCAGGUAUACUAUUGAUGUUGGUCCACAAAAUGUAGGUAUCCUGCUGAAUUUACUGUAUAGGAAGCACAGCAUUGCAAAAUGAUAGAACAAGUUUAGCAUAGCCUGUUUUACCCUGCAGUGCCACAGAUGGGCUUCAGGCAGUUUUCUUGCAGAUGUUUUACUGGCUCUGGCAUUUUCACAUGAUGGUGCAUGGAGACCCAUGCUGUUCUUUUAGUUUCUCUUGCUGUAUACCUAGGUCAGAACCUGAGCCGUCUGAUGGUAAACACCACCAAUUGUUACACCAACUUACAUCACACUGGUUCUGGAUGACAUCCUAUUCAUUAAAUCACCCUAUAUUACAAGGUGACAUACAGUAUUAUGUUAUUAAUUGUUAUACAUAUUUUUCUGUAUGAGCUGGAAGGAUUUUUGUGUAGCUAAACUUGAUUAAUGACACCAAAUGACAUAAAGAACGUAAUUAGUCUUUGAUUUUUCUUCCUCAUUAAUCUAUGGCAAGACAUCUAGUUUCACUGUGAGAUAAUAUGGUAAUUUCCUUUCACAGCUUUAACUGACCUUUGUAAAAUCGUGUUAUAUUCACUCAUACACGUAAUAUUUUGCUCAUACUGUAAAUGCUGGUCACUGUCAAAGCUUAGUAUUAAUUAAAAAUUAAAACCAAAAAAGGAUUCUUAUUAGAAAUUGUUUAUGUGAAAUCUUAUUGUGUGCUGUAUUCUUAAGCAUUGCUGAAAUUCAUUCUUGCACAAAUAAAGACAAUUUUUUGGUGAAACGUGA